UCGCAAAUACACGAUUGUUCAAAAAGGUAUAUAAUGUAAGUUUGAUUUUGUUCUCUUUUUCUGAGAUUGGAUGUCAGCAACAGUGAUGAGGAUUCUGCAGCUUUGUUUAAGUAUUUGCGUGGUCAUUUUGUUUUGUGAUCGUGGCAAAACUUCGAAUACUACGACUUUAAGAAGUAGGAAACCAACGAUUGGGCCCGUAUUUGUGACGGUCAGCCAAAGUCCAAACAAACCCAGUGUAAUGCAAGUUUUGAUAAGAUUUGCUGGGCCUCCAGAAACAUUGGUUUAUUAUAACUUAAAAGAUCUUAAAAAAGUUCAAGUUUCUGGUGGAGAUUUUGUAUCAGUGGUUGAUUUAAAAAAAGGGAAUGAUGAUUGGGUCUUAUUCCUUGGUUCUGAAACAACUUCCGAGAGUGUGCUUUUCAAUUUGCGUCCGGUCAUUGGAUUCUAUAAAAUACACCUAAAUUGUAACGUAGAUGUCACCUCUUCUGAUGUUGGAGAGAUAACAACAUACACCAUCGUAGUAUCAGAAUGUCCCAGAGAAGAAACUGAGGGGGAAUGGGAAGAAUAUGAAUGGGGGCUGUUGCAUCAAUUGUAUAAAGGGGCAAAACCCAUUCCAUCAGUAGAUUAUCUGACAAUAGAAGAAAACAAGCAGUCAACACUGGGAAAUGUAACGACCGUAAGCUUCAACAGAUCCAGCCUGAUAAACGACAAUAUCGAUAUGAGAUUAUAUUUUCGUUUUUAUACUUAUUCAUGGGACACCCUAGUACCUGAGAUUGAAUGGAAUUACAUCUUAGAUUAAAGAGAUACACUUCGCCGGUUUAUAGGGUUACAUUGAAGUUUGUUUUAUCCUAAUAAACCAUGAACAUUUGAUGUAUUCUUGACAAUAAAUAAAACCAUACUAAAUAU